AUGAAUUCCUCCGAAUCGCCAACACAGCUAAGUUCUAGCGAGCAACUUCAAGAACAACCACUCAAUUUUUCAACUAAUUCCACUAAUGAUAAUAUAAUGUCAGCAGCAACGACACUUUGGAAAGCAGAACUUGAAAUUUCAAAUUUAGGACAAACUGAGAAACACAAUUUUGUUGGUCAGUGCAGCACUGCAGCUCCCGACAUGAACGCAACUUCAGUUCCGGUCCCAACUCCAAGAUCCCUGUUCACUUAUCAACCCCCAAUAUUUAUGGCACCAGGAUUUUUGCCAUCAUCUUAUAUGUCCUCAUUUGCUGCUGCAGCUGCGAUGUCAGCCGCGAUGAAUGCCGCGGUACAUCGUCUGCCACAUCAGUUAUCACCAAUGAAUAAUGGUGUGGUAGAAUCGGAUCCAGCAACAAUUUCAGUAAAUUCGUUCUGUUCAAUGAACACAGCACAGAGUCCGGCGCCAACAUCGCCGGCACUUUCCUGUGCCGUUUGCGGUGAUGUAUCUAGCGGAAAACACUACGGGAUUCUAGCAUGUAAUGGUUGCAGUGGUUUCUUCAAGCGAAGUGUACGACGUCGGCUAAUUUACCGAUGCCAGGCUGGUACCGGCUCCUGCAUUGUUGAUAAAGCGCAUCGUAACCAAUGUCAGGCUUGUAGGCUUAAAAAAUGCCUCAAUAAAGGAAUGAACAAAGAUGCUGUACAGAAUGAACGACAACCGCGUAAUACAGCAACAGUUCGUUGUCAGAAUGAAACGGAUUUUUCGACAUCUUCGGGUUUUUGCAAUACGGUAACCACGGCACUUUGUGUGAAUGGCGAAAUACCAGAUUCCACUUCCGGUGCACUGAUAACAAAAGGCUCUUCCCCGAUUAGUGAUUCCGGCAAACAGGAUUCUUCGGAGGUAUUUGGUAGUGAAAAAAUCGAUGAAAUUCGACGUGGCGUUGAGAAUGAAAGUGUUCAAGAGGCUUCAACAAGACUUUUAUUCUUAGCUAUUAAAUGGGCUAAAAAUCUUCCAUCAUUUGCGUCACUGUCAUUUCGUGAUCAGUUGAAAUUGCUGAAAGAAAACUGGUGCGAUCUUUUCCUUCUCAGUGUAUUCCAGUGGUCACUUCCAAUGGAGAAAUGUCCCUUGUUGAACGCUUUGCAGACUGACCCGUCCAGUUUUCGUUACUUGAAUGAUUUAUUCUUUCGGAUUCGUACUUAUGGCAUCGAUCAUGGCGAAUUCGCUUGCUUAAAAGCUUUAGUGUUGUUUAGGCCAGAAACAAGAGGACUGAAGAAUUUAGCUCAAGUUGAAGAUCUACAAGAUCAGGCACAGCAGACAUUGGCCAGGCACACAAUGAAUUCAUCACCAGCAAGAUUCGGCCGAUUACUUCUUCUGUUACCGCUUUUGCGGACUAUAAGCGCUGAAAAAAUAGAGCGGCUGUUUUUUAUGGCUACAUUUGGGAACACAUCGUUCGACCAAAUCAUUUGUAAAAUGUACAACGGAUGA